GUCGCAGCUGCCGGAGAGCGCGACCAUGUCAACGACCAGCGAGGUGACCAUUCCUGGUGCCAUCCAGAUGAAGAUUGGCAAAGUGUACAAGUUCAAGAAGGUUCUUGGACGAGGUGCUUUCUCCGUCGUCAAACUUGCCCGCCACAAGGUCGACGGCACCGAGUGGGCUGUCAAGUGCAUCGAGAAGGAAAAGCUGACGGGCAAGGAGACGAUGAUGCGGAUGGAGGUGGAUAUCCUCUGCCAGGUCUCGCACCCGAACAUCAUUGCGUUGAAGGAGAUCUACGAGACGGACAAGAAGAUCUAUCUGGUCAUGGAGCUGGUGGACGGGACGGACUUGUUCGAGCGCAUUGCCAACACUGACGAGUUUUCGGAGCGCGAGGCGGCGACGGUCUUUCUCCAGCUUGUCUCGGGCGUCAAGUACCUCCACGACCUGGACAUCAUCCAUCGUGACCUCAAGCCGGAGAAUCUCCUGGUAGCGGCGACCGACGAGGACAUGACCGAGAUCAAGGUUGCCGACUUUGGCCUGUCGAAGAUUGUGGGCGAGGAUGUGACGCUCAAGACGGCGUGCGGCUCGCCGUACUAUGUUGCGCCCGAGGUGCUCAACGACUCGACAUACACCUUUUCGGCCGACGUCUGGUCGUGCGGCGUCAUCCUGUACACGCUCCUCUGCGGUUUCCCGCCGUUCUACUCGGAGAACUACACCGAGCUGUUUGAGCUCAUCAAGCGCGGCAUGUACGAGUUCCCCACUCCGUAUUGGGACAACAUCUCCGAGGGGGCCAAGGACCUCGUCUCGCGCCUCCUUGUCGUCGACCCGUCGAAGCGAAUCUCGCUCGAGGACAUCAUCACCCACCCGUGGCUGCUUCGGGUCUCGGGCGCCGAGGCUCAGAUCCGCGACGCCCACCGCCGCCACCACAACCGCCACCGCAGCGCCGGCUCGUCCGACGAUGUCCACCACUCGCACCGGCACCAGCUGCACCUGCACAACAUGGAGCGGGCCCGCGUGCGGUUCAAGUCGGUCAUCAUCUCCACCAUCGAGGCCGAGCAGGCUAAGAAGCGCCACUCAACCUCGGACGACUCGUGGGCUGACUCACAGGAGUACUCGUUCGAAGACGGCUCCGCCGACGCGCCUGACCACCCAGCCUCGACCUCGGCCUCUACCUCGGCCUCCUCGCGCACCUCGCACGCAAGCGACAAGCACAAGCACAAGGAGAAGCACAAGGAGCACAAGCAUAAGCACAAGGACAAGUCCAAGUCCAAGCACAAGGACAAGCACAAGGGCAAGGGCAAGGACAAGCUCCACGCUUAGCCAAACCCGGGCCCCGACCGAGCUCGGCUCUCUCCUUUCAUCGGCACCCCUCUCUUGCCCGUUGUGUCACACGUGGCAACAGUGAACACCC